GAACAGUUUUAUGAUACAGAGUGAAACAGAAGCUCAAUCAAUCCAGUUUACAAAUGCAAAAAAACUGAGUUCUGUUAGAAAAGUAAAAUGACCACAGUGCCUCCACCCUCUCCUCCUCCGCGCUCCGCCUCCGAUUCCGGCAACACCUCUCCCACCGGCAAGGUGGAAGCUGCUACAAACAACGGGAAUUGUAACGUCGACGAUAAGAAACCUAAUUUUACCGAUGGGCUUGAUCACUUGGACAGUCCACAGUGCAUUGAGAGAUUCAGAAAAUAUGACAAUGAUUACGCUCAUCGAUUGUUGGCAAAAUAUUUCUCUAACAAAAACCUUUAUGGAGGAAACGUAUUUGAUGUGCAACUAAGAGUAAAUGAUGAAAUCAUAAAGUCGAGCGGCUUGACUUGUUACAGGUCAUAUGCAGAUCCUGUAGUAGGUUUUGAAGAUCAUUCCAGCAAUGGAUCAACACCACCAGCAGAUUCCCAAGCUAGCAUCCCCAAUGGGAAGCAUGUGGUGAAGAAGACCUGAAUUAAUAUGCCUUGACAAACAUCAAUGCAUCUCAUCAUAGAAAUCUUAAUGCAAUUCAAUGCAUUUUUACUAGAAGGAAUUGGGGAACUUGUGACUGAAAUUCAUGGCCUCAAUCAUCAAUUUCCUUGCCUGACAGAUUUUCCGAUCAUGAUGUGUUAUGGGUUCAUCAUUUCUAUGAUGUUUCAGCGUACCAACCGCUAAGUGAAUAAUUGUCACCAUUUAAGUCUCCAUUUCAUGAGCAUUUUCUAGUUUGCCUAAACUAGUUCGUAGCCUCGUACAUUAAAAGUCCAUAAUAUAAUAAUAUAACUGGUACUUUGCUCUA